AUGGUCGUCGAGGUGGCCGUGUGCAGGAGGCGAAGCUUGUACGACAUAUUUUUUUUUUUGGGGGGGAAGGGGAAGAGGGAGCACAAGGGGGAGAGAGGAGGUAGUGGUGGUAAGGGGGGCGGGGGGAAGGGGGAGGGAGAAUGGAAUGCAGAAGGGCAAGGGGAGUGGAAGAGGGAGCACAAGAGGGAGAGAGGAGGUAGUAAAGUGUGGCAGGAAGCAGUGGAGGAGGUGGUGUGGAGAGGGCGUGUCUCACGACGCGUACCCUUGAAGGGUAGGCGCAGGGCUAUUUACUGUACAACAGAGCUAAGACCCGCCCAGGGAGAAGCCGGGGCAGGGCAGACAGGGGGAUUGCAAGGAGGCAAUAUGGGAAGGAGGAGGGGAACGGCGUUUCGUUGGACGGGGGAGGGUUUGGGAGAUUGA